AUGGCUAGUUAUUAUCGCUACAGCUCUCAAAGUAAAGGAACGUUUACUGUUCAUAUGAAUGAUGGGGAAAAACAUCAGAUUGAGAAAUGGGUUGAACGAUACCCUAAUAUUGAAACGGGAGGAGAUCUGUUUGGAGCAUGGAUCGAUGAUCGUACAGCUGUCGUUCAAUUUGUAUUAGGACCAGGGAGACAUUGUAGGCGAACUGGUGUGUCCUUCUUUCAAGACAUAGAUUAUCUCAGAGAAGCCGGUAGCUACCUGACACAAAAACAAGGUUUGUGCAACAUUGGCCAAUGGCAUUCUCAUCAUCGGCUAGGUCUAACUCGACCAAGCGGGGGAGACGAGAAUACUGUUUGGGGAAACAUGCCGAAUCUUGGAUUGGAUCGAUAUAUCGUGAUCAUUGCUACAAUUACAGGCAGUUAUUACACAAGUUCUUACUCCCACGAGGAAGGAUUAUCUGUGAAUAUAAACCCAUAUCUCUUUGAAAUCAAGGAUGGGCGCAGAAGUAAUGUGUUACAUGGCACGUUUCAGUACAUGGAACAGAAUUCGCCGUUUCGUUUGGACAAAGCUAUUCAAAACAAAGUGAAAAUUGGAGCUGAGACAACAAACGAUGUCAAACGUUAUCCAAAAAGGCCACAUGGAAGUGAAAGUCAUGAAGUACUGGCAAAGAUAAUGAAACCGGAAACUGCAGAAGUAUUACCAAUGAUAAUGAAACCGGAAGCAAAAUCACAUCACCACACCCAGUCUCAAAACA